UAAGGGAGAUGAGCGUCUCCAGCCAUGACGGCGGCGGUACAGGGGGUGACUGAAUGGUAGGGUUUACACGGAAGCCAAGAAAAAAGAGAGAAAAGAGAUUUUUCUCCAAAGUGUCAACAACACAAGAAAAAAUCUUGAAGACUGAAUAAUCAAGAGAUGCAAAAGAUGAUGAUGAUACUUCUUUUACUGUCAAUAAUUUGUGUUACCAUUCUCUUCUUGAAAAAACAGUCAACAGGGAAGAAAAUCAGUACACCAAGGUCACCGCCGACAUUUCCGGUUAUCGGGAACCUUCAUCAGCUCGGCCGCUACCCUCACCGAUCACUAUGCUCUCUCAGCCAUCGUUAUGGUCCUCGCAUGCUCCUUCACUUUGGCCGUGUCCCUGUUCUUGAAGUCUCUUCAGCGGACGCGGCUCAAGAUGUUUUGAAGACCCACGACCACGUUUUUGCGAGCCGUCCACGAUCGAAAAUAUUCCGAAAGCUGCACUACGACGGGCGUGAUGUAGGCUUAGCUCCUUAUGGAGAGUAUUGGAGACAAAUGAAGAGUGUGUGUGUCCUUCAUCUCCUAAGCAACAAGAUGGUACGGUCCUUUCGAGACGUACGAAAAGAAGAGAUCAGAAUAGUGAUGGAAAAUAUCAGGAAAUCAAAUUCUUCGCGGAUUAAUCUAAGCAAGCUAUUGGCGAGUUUAACUAACGAUGUAAUAUGUAGAGUUGCUUUUGGAAAGAAAUACGGUGGUGACACGGAUUUUAUGGAGUUAAUAGAGAGGUUCGAGAAGCUAUUGGGAUCAUUUAGUAUCGGAACUUAUGUACCAUGGCUUGCAUGGCUUGAUUGGAUCAGCGGUUUGGAUGCUGAAGUAGAAAAGACGAAAAAUGAUUUUGAUGAAUUCUUAGAGAGAGUUGUAAAAGAUCAUGUAGAUGGUGGCGGAGAUAAGAAUGAUUUUGUCCAUGUAUUGCUAGCAAUUCAGAGAGAGAAGAGCAUCGGGUUUGAAAUCGACCGAAUAAGCAUAAAGGCUAUUAUCAUGGUAAUAAAAUCGUAUUCAGAUGCAAUUAAGUUUUAGUACAUAACCUUACUCCAGAGGAAUGAUUUUGAGCUGAAACACGUGUACUACACUCUUGUGGGUCAACAUCCUUUUCAUGUCAACUCCAUUUUUCCGAAAAUGUUUUCAAAUACUUGUCUUUAUAUUCAUAUAUUUUAAAGUUGUUUUAUUCGCAUCUAUCUAUAUAUAUAAAAAUAUGUUCGCUUCUCUCCUGUUGUGCCACGUCAUAAAGUCAGUUUCUGACAGGUCGACACGUGUCCGGAUUGGAUGAUACUCACCGUUUCGCUUAAUCACAAUUAUUAAUGGACUUUUCUCUUUUUGUUAAUAAAUAUUUCAGAUCAAUUUUUUGGGCUUAACAUAAUUGGAUUUCUGGGCUGUAGGGUAACACAUGAGGGGAUCCCACAUAAUACGGCUUUUCCUCCAAAAAUAAUGUCGACGAACGAAAGACAGAUGUGCUGUGUUUUAACAACACCGGUUCAAACCUACGGCCAAUGAAGAUUUGCUGCACCGGCCACGCUGAAUUCCGAUCAAAGUCAGUUGGAAAGCGUCGUAUUUGGCUAUUCGAUUCCACUUCCUCUACCCUUGGUUGAAUUUUGGAACCAUUAUGGAAGUUGGUUGGAUUCAUGCAUCCUCAUUGACUAUCACAUUAAAUCAUUCAAUGAACCCCCUCAUUAAAACAUUUUAACUCAAAUAUAACUAAUCUUAACACAAAUAAUCCUUCUACAUCCUAAAAUUCUCAAAACCCAUAAACAUAUUAUAUACUUCUCUUAACAAAAUUUUACAAAACAUACAUAUAAAGGGAAUAUACAAUUACAUCACAAAAAAAAGAAAAAGCAUGAAUUAUUUUAGGAAUGACUUCAAGUUUUGAGUCAUAUUCGCAAAAAAAAACUUUAAAUAAGUUAGUUUAAUUAAGAAUAUUAUAAAACAAAACAUUUGAAUUAAAAUAAAUAUUAAAAAUAUAAUUUUAUUUAUCAGAGAAUAGUGAAAUUUACUGUCAUUAUAAUUCAAAACAAAAAAAAUAAUUAUAAUGAUCUCAUAAACCUUUCAUUAUUUUUCAUUUAUAAUAUUUUUUAAUCUAUCAUAAUUUUAAAUUACUUCAUAAAUUAUUAUAAAAUCACUUUUAUUAUAACUUUCCGCCCGUAGUAUUCAUAUAUUUUAAAGUUGUUUUAUACGUUAAUCACCCUUUUAAAGGAGACUCAAGUGCUAUUCGGCGGACACAAAUGAAACAGCGCCUUCAACAAGUUAUCUUUCUUACCCUCUCCUUCUGGUUAAUCGUUUCUUUCUCGCCAAGUUCUCCGUCGCCACAUAUGACAUCUGCAUCUCAGGUUUGAGCCCCAUGAAAUUGCUUCUGGUUUCCGUUGGGCUCUCUACUCAACCGGAGGUGUCCAAGCCGUUAAAUUUCCAGUGGAUCUCCUUCUUCAUAACCAAAUUAUUUCCUCCCCGUUUCUGAAGAGAUUUGAACCCAGAUUCCUACCGCUUUCUCCUGAUUCGUCAACCGGCACCAGAUCUCAGAUCUUUUUGUUGUUAGAUCCGAAUUCUUUUGAAACCCUUUGCUCCCCUUGUCGUUCAAGUUUCUGGUCAUGCUCUCUGCGUGGAUGUGCUCGUUACCAUCGCCAAAGCGUUUCCGGCGGUCUAGACCCACCGAACAACGUAUGAAGACUGAGCCGCAUUGCUCAUGUAACUGGGCCCAGGCCAUUAGACUUAUAAUAUCUAGCAGCCCGUUUUUUUUCCACCAAAUCUCAUAUCCAUGGAGAUGGAUUCAUACCAAUCCAUUUUGGGCUCGAUACGGUUGGCUAGCCCAUUUAAGAAUUCUGGUGGAUUCACCGGGGUCUUUAAUUUUUUUUGCUUAUUGUCAUAUUCAUUUUUUAUGAAGAAAUUAUCGGCGGGUUCACCUGACUUGAUUACACAUUCAUCAUUAUUCUCUAUCAAGAAGUGUUUACCAUUACCAUACUUUUUUUCUUUGAAAUAAGAAGAUGUGUCGGAUCAAUACUCGAGAUUUAGUUUCAGUU